AUGGACGCAGUAGAAAAGGCAAAUGCAGAUAGGCAGAAACGAUGGGCCAAAGAACAGAAGAUUGGCGAGGGUACCUAUGCCGUGGUAUACAGAGCUCGUGAGAUUGCCACAGGGCGAAGAGUGGCCAUCAAGAAGAUUAAAGUUGGCCAAUUCAAGGACGGUCUUGACAUGUCUGCUAUCCGUGAAGUCAAGUAUCUCCGGGAGCUUAAGCACCCGAAUGUAAUUGAGCUUCUGGACGUAUUCUCCUCCAAAACUAAUCUCAACCUUGUACUUGAAUUCUUGGACACGGACUUGGAACUCGUCAUCAAAGACAGGUCAUUAGUCUUCCUUCCCGCGGACAUCAAGAGCUGGAUGGCCAUGACCUUUCGCGGUCUGGAAUUCUGUCAUCGUAAUUUUAUUCUGCAUCGAGAUUUGAAGCCGAACAACUUAUUAAUCGCUUCGGAUGGGAAACUGAAGAUAGCUGAUUUUGGUCUCGCGCGCGACUUCGCCGACCCAGGAUACAAAAUGACUUGCCAAGUCAUCACGCGAUGGUACCGUCCGCCUGAGCUUCUCUUCGGGUGCCGAUAUUACAGCACUGCCGUCGACAUUUGGUCAGUUGGCUGUAUUUUUGCCGAGCUCAUGUUGCGCACACCCUACCUACCGGGUGAAAGCGACAUGGACCAACUAAAGACCAUCUUUCGCGCCUUGGGCACGCCCACGGAGGAUGACUGGCCUGGACACACGAAACUACCAGACUAUGUUCCACUUGGCCAAUUUCCUCGAACACCACUAAGGGAUCUAUUCACCGCCGCCAGUGCUGACUGUCUCAAUCUCCUGAGUAAAUGCCUUAUCUACGAGCCACGGCGACGCAUCAGUACCAAGGAUGCCCUCAAUCAUCCUUAUUUCUUCGCCCUCCCAUACCCUUCUCACCCUUCCAAACUUCCAAAGCCUGCCGCGAAAGCCAACUCGUCGCAUCCUCUCGACGAAGUCGACGGCAACGUUGACCUAAGUGGUCUUGGGCCCGGCGUCAAAGCGAACCCUCCGAAUAAACUCAAGCGCAAAGUGUCAUCAGAUGAGCUCGGUAGCAGGUCAAUUGCACGACGACUCGACUUCACGCAGCAUCGAUGA